AUAGCUCUUAUUUUAUCUACCAGCUGUAAAUCAGUGCUGUGCUGCACACAUACAGGUCUGACACUGAAGAUGGACGAGGCUUUGUUAACGUUCCACAACCAGCUGACACAAUCACUGGAGGUUUUCUACACAUCGGAUUACUGCUACAAGUGUGUGGAACAGCAUCUGGUCAGUGUGAAAGCCAACAACCACAACGCAACUGUGGUCAUAUCCACUAAAUUUACACUGACUCUGCGCGUGGACUCAGAAAUGGGGAAUGUAAGCCUCUGCAGGUGGAGUCAGGCGUACGGUGAAAGUGGACACUACUCUGUUUGGAUCUGGAUGUUGGAGGCCCACUGCAGUCACACUGUGGACAAACAUCCAAACAAUGCACACCUGCCUAUUCUGGUUGCCUCUCUGGUCCUCACUGUAAUUGCUCUGUUAUCUGGUGUGACACCCUAUAUUUACAGGUGGCGUUGUACAUCAAAAUGUAUUAAUGCUGUUUGCUGCCAAGACUCAAAGUACUCUGUGGAUAAUGAUGAAGUCCAUUGCGAUGAUGCUGAGGGUGACAACGCCAAACCUAAGCCAACACGUCUGCGCUCACUGGACAGUUUUCGAGGAUUUGCCUUGACCGUGAUGGUGUUUGUGAACUACGAUGGAGGAGGAUACUGGUUCCUUCAACAUGCACCAUGGAAUGGUCUAACUGUGGCAGAUUUGGUGAUGCCGUGGUUUGUGUUCAUCAUCGGAUCGUCAGUCGUGUUAGCCUUCAGAUCCAUGCAGAGGCGAGGAGUCAGCUGUGUGCAGAUGCUCCGUAAAAUUACGUGGAGAACAGUUGUUCUCCUGAUGCUCGGCUUCUGCUUCAUCAACUACUCUCCGAGAGAUGGACCACUGUCCUGGUCCUGGCUGAGGAUUCCCGGAGUGCUGCAGCGUCUGGGCUUCACUUACUUUGUUCUGUCUCUGCUGCAGACUUUCUGGGGCCAGAAAGAAAUUCCAGUGAGAGUGAAUCACUGGUGGAACCCCAUCCAGGAUGUGAUUGUUUAUUGGCCUCAGUGGCUGGUUGUCCUCCUGCUGGAGAUGUUGUGGUUGUGCAUCACCUUCCUCAUGCCCAUACCCAAUUGCCCCACGGGUUAUUUGGGAGCUGGCGGCAUUGGCGAUGAUGGUCUUUACCCAAACUGCACUGGAGGUGCAGCAGGAUACAUUGAUAGAUGGAUGUUUGGUGAUAACAUGUACAGAUAUCCUACAUGCAAAGAGAUGUAUCACACCACGCAGCCCUUUGACCCAGAGGGGGUUCUGGGUACAAUCAACUCCAUUGUCAUGGGAUUUAUGGGCAUGCAAGCAGGCAAAAUUAUCAUCUGCUACAAGGGGAUGAACAGUCACAUCAUGUGUCGAUUCCUCACAUGGGCUGUUAUUCUGGGAGUCUCUGCAGCCAUCCCUUCUAAGUGCACGCGAGACGAAGGAUUUAUACCUGUCAAUAAGAACCUGUGGUCCCUGUCCUACGUGAUGUCUAUGGGCUGCUUUUCAUUCAUGCUGUUAGGAAUCAUGUACUUUGUCAUCGAUAUCAAGAGGUGGUGGGGAGGGCAGCCAUUCACAUACCCAGGGAUGAACUCCAUCCUGGUGUAUGUUGGCCACUCUCUCCUGGGAUUCUACUUCCCGUUCAGCUGGGAGAUGCGCUUCCAGGAGAGUCACUGGGAGUGGCUCUUCCAAAGCCUGUGGGGAACAGCAUUGUGGGUGCUCAUCGCCUAUCUGCUCUACAGAAAGAAGUUCUUCCUGAAAAUAUAAAGCAUCACCUGCUCCUUCUCA